AUGUCGAAGCAUCACCUCUACGCCAUGCCCACGACAGCAGCAGGCUCAUCCUCCAGCAACCACGCCCGACCACCACCCAGCAGCCCUGGCCAACCCAACUCGCCCGGCAGAAACCUGGCCCCAUCCGUCUCCCUUCUGCCAUCCGGCCCUUUCGCCCGGCCCCGCUCCGGCCCGGACAGGCUCAAGAAACUCCUCUCGAGACUGCUCAAACCCAGCCGAUGGCCGACGAUGGACUUCGAGCUCGCCGCUUGGCAGAUGAGCUAUCUCUGCAUCGCCCCACGAAGAGUGUAUCGAAACGUCUACUACCACAAACAGACUAAAAACACAUGGGCAAGGGAUGACCCAGCGAUCGUGAUCCUGCUAAUAGGAUCGAUGGCCUUCGUCGGCUUCCUCUGGAACGCGCUCUAUCUACGCUCCUGGAGCCCGAUCAGCUGGCUCGGGUUGGUCUCCCGGUUCAUCUUGCGGGACUUUUUUCUGAGCGGCUUGAUCAUCAGCACUCUUCUCUGGGCGCUUUCGAACCACUUCUUUACACAUUCCUCACACACACAUGCGACUGACCAACGAGUCGAAUGGCAAUACGCAUUCGACAUACAUACAAACUCAUUCUUCCCCCUCUUCCUCAACCUCUACGUCCUCCAACUCAUCCUGGCUCCCUUGGUUCUCCGCCAUAAUUGGGUCUCGCUCUGGAUCGGCAACUCGCUGUACUUGAUUGCAGCCACGCAAUACAGUUAUGUGACUUAUCUAGGAUACAACUCACUUCCAUUCCUAAUCAAGUCCGAGAUCCUAUUGAUCCCCAUCCUGGUCUAUACCGUUUUAUAUUUCAUCAGUCUGUUAGGCUUCAAUCUAGCCUCACAUGUCUUAACCUAUUACUUUUCUUCCUUCUUCCUUCCCUCCUCUCCCACUCCUUCUCCAGCACCUCUUUGA